GCGACUCCGGAUCGUCAGUCUGCCCAGAGCAGCGCUCCAGUCACAACAUGAACGCGUUCAAGGCCUGCAGCGCGCUGCUGCUGGUCGGCCUGUGCCUCGCCGACGGCGGCGGCGGCCGCGGAGGCGGAGGAGGGGGCGGCUACGGCGCACCCAGGGGCGGCGGAGGACGACCCCAGGGACUCGGCGGAGAGGUCAUCGGUUUCGGUCUGCCGAAGAGCAGCGGAGGCGGUGGCGGUGGAUACAGCGGCGGCGGCGGCGGCGGUGGUGGUCCGAGCCAGGGGUACGGAGCUCCUCAGGCCAACGAUAUCGUCCAGCAGGGAUAUGGCGCUCCGAGCAGCGGCGGCGGCGGCGGCGGCGGAUAUAGCGGCGGUGGAGGCGGGGGGAGCGUUAGCCAGGGUUAUGGUGCUCCUCAGGCCAACGACAUCGUCGAGCAGGGUUACGGAGCGCCCAGCAGCGGCGGCGGCGGCGGCUACAGCAGCGGCGGUGGCGGUGGCGGCGGCGGCGGCGGCGGCGGCUACAGCGGAGGCGGCGGCGGCGGCGGCAGCUCCGGCUACUCCCGGCCGCGCGCCAACAGCGUGAUCCAGGCUCCCGCUCGCCAGCCGUCUUACGGUGGCUCCUCUCAGUUCUCCUCUGGUAAGGGCAUCAGCGGCGGAACCAUCUCGACCCGCACUUUCUCCGCUCCCCGCAUCGUGAAGGGAACUUCGCAGUCGUCAGGAGGUGGCGGUUACGGAGGAUCGUCUGGAGGGUCCUCGGGCGGCUACAGCGCCCCGGCUCAGCCCUCGGGCGGCUACAGCGCCCCGUCUCAGCCUUCUGGAGGCUACAGCGCCCCGUCUUCCCAGCCCUCGGGAGGCUACAGCGCCCCGUCUUCCCAGCCUUCUGGAGGUUACGGCGCCCCGUCCCAGUCUUCUGGAGGUGGUGGCUACAGUGCCCCGUCCCAGCCUUCUGGAGGCUACAGUGCCCCGUCUCAGCCCUCAGGAGGCUACAGCGCCCCGUCUUCCCAGCCAUCUGGUGGCUACAGCGCCCCGUCUCAGUCUUCUGGAGGUGGCGGCUACAGUGCCCCGUCUUCCCAGCCCUCGGGCGGCUACAGCGCCCCGUCUUCCCAGCCCUCGGGUGGCUACAGCGCCCCGUCCCAGCCUUCUGGAGGCUACAGCGCCCCAUCUCAGCCCUCGGGCGGCUACAGCGCCCCGUCUUCCCAGCCCUCGGGUGGCUACAGCGCCCCGUCUUCCCAGCCUUCUGGAGGUUACGGUGCCCCGUCCCAGUCUUCUGGAGGUGGUGGCUACAGUGCCCCGUCCCAGUCUUCUGGAGGCUACAGCGCCCCGUCUCAGCCUUCGGGUGGCUACAGCGCCCCGUCUUCUCAGCCCUCGGGCGGCUACAGCGCCCCAUCUUCCCAGCCAUCUGGUGGCUACAGCGCCCCGUCUCAGUCUUCUGGGGGUGGCGGCUACAGUGCCCCGUCUUCCCAGCCCUCGGGCGGCUACAGCGCCCCAUCUCAGCCCUCUGGAGGCUACAGUGCCCCGUCUUCCCAGCCCUCGGGCGGCUACAGCGCCCCGUCCCAGCCCUCGGGAGGCUACAGCGCCCCGUCUUCUCAGCCCUCGGGUGGCUACAGCGCCCCGUCUUCUCAGCCAUCAGGAGGCUACAGUGCCCCGUCUUCCCAGCCCUCGGGAGGCUACAGGGCCCCGUCUUCUCAGCCCUCGGGUGGCUACAGUGCCCCGUCUCAGCCUUCGGGAGGCUACAGUGCCCCAUCUCAGCCCUCGGGAGGCUACAGUGCCCCGUCCCAGCCCUCGGGAGGUUACGGUGGGCCCUCUUCCUCUUCUUCAGGAGGCUACAAUCCUCCCAGCCCUACCUACGGUGGCUUCAGCCCGUCUCAGUCGUCUGGUGGAGGCUACAGCUCGAGCUCGUCCUCAUCAUCUGGCGGCUACAGCCAGUCGUCGGCUCCCUCCAACAGCUACAUCCCUCCUGCAUCCUCCAGCAACGGGUACGGCAAGUAAGGCCAUAUCACAGCCAGUGUCAAAGCGAAGGCAAAGAGGCCCAUCGGCGCUCAUCUAGAAACAGAGCUUUCUAUACCUCCCAGACAGCAUCUGCAGCUCAUGCUCAUUGUACCCGAUGUAAUGUGCUACGCGUAUUUAUUGUUUUCUGUGCACAUGAUAACGCUGUAAUAAAUAAAGCGAAACUCGU